AUGACGAUUAGGGUUUUGGCGAUUGGUGAGGGCAGGGAUUCGGAGUCGGGAGAUCGUGAUGCAACCAUGAUGGAUGUGGGAGAGAGAGCGAGACCACCAGGGGAUCCACCGGAUGCGGCGGCCUCGUAUGCAUCCAAAGUGGCGGGUACGAAUGGAGGAGGUAUGCCGGUUCCAGAGAGUUUGAUUGAUAAUGUGUUUGUAUCUGAGAGGCUACGAGUGGAGUUUUCGAAUGGAGAGGAUGGAGAACCAUCGAUUACGAUUGAGCCGGAAGUUUUAGAAGCGAUGAAUGGGAUGUGGAAGCAGUGUAUGAUUGUUAGGGUUUUGGGAAGGAACAUCCCGAUCUCUGCCUUGAGCAAGAAGCUAAGAGAGUUAUGGAACCCUAAAGGAGGAAUUUAUCUCAUGGUGAGAGCUUGGUCGCCGGAGUUCGAUCCGUUAAGAGAUGACAUCGUUACGACGCUGGUUUGGAUCAGGUUGACAAAUAUUCCAGUGAACUUUUACCAUCGAUCGAUCCUCAUGGGUAUUGCCAAGGGUUUGGGUAAACCAGUUCGUGUUGACCUGACCACAUUGAAGUUUGAAAGAACAAGGUUUGUGAGAGUUUGUGUAGAAGUUAAUCUUGCAAAGCCGUUGAAAGGGACAUUCCUAAUUAACGGAGAGAGAUACUUUGUAGCUUACGAAGGGUUAGCUGAGAUCUGUUCAAAGUGCGGAAUUUAUGGACACUUGGUUCAUGGAUGCCCAAGAACAAUUGCGGAAAGAUUGGCUGAAGUAGCUAUACAGUCGGAGGCACAGUCAGCUACGCGAUCACCCACUAGACAAGAACCAAUAGUGCAGGAGAAUGGUUUUACUCCGGCGAGGAGCUCAAGAAGAGGGACGCAGAUACUGCCUCGACUGGUGAACGGCAGGACUGCGGAAGCCAGCGGGGAGACAGAUAGGAAUGUCCAAGAGAUCCCGCGGACCGGGGGAAUCGCAAACAUUGCGAUAUCCAACAAAUUUGGUAGUUUAGAGCUGGAUACAGAUCGAAGUGAAUCAAGAGAAGAGAUUGUGUCUGGCGAGGAGAACAAGGAGAAUCAGAAUAUGAACAUCAAAAGAAAUGAGAACAAGGAAAUUUCGCAAGGGAAAGAGACUCUAACCUUUGGAGGGAAGGUGAAUAUAAGAAAGGAUUCGAAAAUGGUGAACAAGGAGAAAUGGGCUGGGAAGAAAGUAGUAGAAGGAGCACGAGGAAGGCCCAUAAAUUUAAACAAUAAACCCGCUAGAGGUUUGGUGUUUGGGCCCACUAAAGGGGAAGUCAGUCUAUCGGAGUCGGGGAAACGACUGCGAGUGGAAAGUUUGGAGGCAGGGAGAGCUGGGGGUGCCUUCAGGGAGAGUGUGGCAGAACCCAGAGUUACGGUAAAGCCAUUGCAACUAAGAGAUGAAGAGUUGGAGAAUCCGAUGGAUAGUACCAUUAGUGAGAUGGAACAAAGGGAGACGGAGGCGCAGAUGGAAGCGCAGGGGGACGAAAGGAUUUUGGACCUCGCAUAA